AUGUCCCGUGGCGAGCGGCUUCAACGCAAUUGCGAAGAAUACAAGGAUAGGCCUACCGAGAUCAAAAAGCUCCAAUCGUCAGUCGACUGCAUUAAGAACAUCAUGAAGCGCGAUGGACUCAUCGGAACCGAGCGAUAUCGCCGAGGCGACAAGCAGCUGCCUCUCCCCGUCCCGCGCGUGCCCCUCCCAAGGAAGAUGAAACCGGUCAAGCCGAUGGGUUUGCUCCCAUGCCCCGAGCGUGGAUGUGACGAGAGCUUUUCCCGCGUGUCGGAGCUCAACGAGCACGUCCGCAUUCACGACGCCACCCUGUUCCAGUGCUCGCGCUGCGAAAGCCGGUUCACGUUCCAGGGUGGCCUUGACGCGCACGAGCGUCAACACGACGAAAACCCGGAUGAUGCGCGUGUUCACCAGUGUUACCUCUACCCUGACAAGGAGGGCGGUUACAAGGGCUUCAAGAGCUACGCUGCCCUUGUCGGCCAUGCCCAGACGUGUCCAGACAAAGGAGGUGUCAAAGUGACGGACGACGGCACAUGGACACGCGUCAAGGGAGAAAAAUCGUAUCGGAUCACAGUAUCCAAGCAGGUGACCGAGCCACCCACCAAGCCUCGUGUCCGAGAGGUUGUUGCCAACGUGUGCCACUGCUGUGACCCUCCCAAGGCGUUUACACAAAGGCCCAAUUUCACCAAGCACGUCAAGGAUAAACAUCCCGGCGAGGUUACCCGGGUCGGCGGAGGUGGGAAGAUCGGCCACCGGCUCAUCUUGUCUGACCGCGUAACGGGCAAGAUCGCUUCGGCGUCUGGCAGGUCGGACAGCGUCGAAGUCCCGACCCCAAAGGAUGAUGAGAAGAAGAAUACGAAGAAGAAGAAGCUCUAUGGAGACAAGGGCAAAGAGUAG